CACACACACACACACACACACACACACACACACACACACACACACAUCACACGCAUGGUUUGGAGUUUCAGCCGCAGCACGUCAGAGGAACGGCUUCCGCUGAGAAGCAGGGAGUCUAGGGACAGCCGCAUGGCGUCGACAACAGCACCGCCGUCUGCUGGACAAGGCGAGAACAACGCCUCCUUGGUGGCAUCCAACGCCUCUGCUCCAGCGUCGCCAUCCUUGUCAUCCUCAGCAUCAUCCUCAGCGUUUGCCCUGUCAUCAUCAUCAACCGCGCACACCGGCACUGCUCCCGGCACUUCGUGCUGGUGCUGGUGCUGCCCAACAUGGUUGGUGCACAAGCUGUUUCUGAGCAAGGACUGGUGGUCUGUUUGGAUCAGCUUCAUCAUGUUCGUGCCCGUCAUCGCGGUGACGCUCAACUACCACGUGGACGCCCUCACACCCAAGAACUGGACGUCCAGCCCGCUUGACGCGUGGACGUCAACCCCCCAAAUUGUGGGCUUCACCCUCGUGCUGGUGUGGUCCAUUGCGGCGAUUACGUUUGCGCUCUCCACCAUUUCAUGGCUCUCGCGCCACAAGCUCGGGCGCGAUGCCGCGGAGGCGUUCUCCCUGCGCGCGUGCGUCGGUCGCAACGUUGCUGCCAUCGGCUGCGUGUCGCUGAUUGGCCUCGUCGCGCGCUGGCUCGGCGAGCAAGCGUCCAUCGACCGCUACGGCAUCACCUUUGAGGUGUGGGCGCUCGUCUUCGGCAUGCUCAUCUCCAACUUCCGCCUCAUCCCCAAGUGGCUCGAGCCGGGCAAGGAGGGCGAGUUCUUCAUCAAGGUGGGCCUCGUCUUGCUGGGCCUGGACCUGCGCUCCGUGGCCGCGCUCGGCGGGCCGGGCCUCCUCAGCAGCUGGGUGCCCACGCCCAUGGUCAUCGUCGCCUCCCUCCUCUUUGCGUUCCUCGUCCUCAAAAUGGGCAGCGAGCGCUCGCUUGCCUUCAUCCUCGUGUGCGGCACAUGCAUCUGCGGUUCCUCCGCGGCCACCGCCAUCCACGGCUGCGUUGGCGGCGAGACGGAGGUGCUCGCCCUGUGCAUCGCCAUCAUCAACCUCUUCACCAUCCCGCAGAUGAUUGGCCUGCCGUACCUCGCCUACUACGCCGGCAUGCCGCUCAAGGUUGCCGCCGCGUGGCUCGGUUCCUCGGUCGACGCCACGGGCGCCGUUGUUGCCGCGGCCAGCGUGUACGACCAGCUCGCCGACGUCUCGUGUGAGGACGGCAGCGGUGACGGUGGUGACGGCACGUGCGCGGUCGACGUGGCCUCCACGGUGAAGAUUGUGCAGAACAUCCUGAUUGGGCCCGUGGCCGUGGCCGUAUCGCUGUACUGGAUCAGGAGCAACGCCGCUAUGGCAAAGACGGAGCAGCAGCAGCAGCAGCAGCAGCACAAUGGCAGCGGUGGCGAUGAACUGCAGAUGGCGAUCGUGGAGAACGGGAACGGCACCACGGCCACCGCAAGCGACAAGGACAACGCCAACAGUGUCGGUGAUGGCGAUGGUGAUGGCUAUCGUGACGAUGGUGCAGAUGGCGUCGGCUCAAUUAAGUUGAUGGAUGGCGAGGAUGCACGUGCACAACCACGCGCAUUUGGCAACAACAACAACAACAGCAGCAGCAACAGCAACAGCAGCGGCAGAACCAACAGCAAGUGCGGCAAGCAGAGCAUUGCGCUGCAGCUGUGGGAGAAGUUCCCCAAGUUUGUGCUUGGGUUUCUGUUUUGCUCCACGAUCAUUACGGUGAUCAACGCGUCUGUUAGCGACGAGGAGCAGGCGUCGCUCAAGGUUGGCGUGCAGGCCGUGUCAAAGUGGUUCUUCUGCCUGGGCUUUGUCGGCAUUGGUCUGAGCAGCGACCUGCGCAAGCUCGCAAGCAAGAUGCAGGGCGGCAAGCCCAUCCUGCUGUACGUGCUCUGCCAGUUGCUUGACCUCCUGCUCAAGCUUGGCUUUGCAUACAUCAGCUUUGAUGUUAUUGAUAAGUAGUGCUCGUAUCCCGUGUGUGAUUAGAUUAGGCAACGAGAACUGUUGUUUUCACCUAUCUGCGCUUUCUUUGUUACUUGUCACUCAUGCGUGGUGGUUGUUCAUUCAUCCAUCCAUUCAUUCGUCCAUUCAUUCACUUUUACCACGUAACGAAACAAGAGAAGUGUGUGCAAGCA